AUGCUGGCCCUCCUCUUCCUCUUGGCCCUUCUCUGGCCUCCUGAAGCUGGAGCUGAGGAGAUUAUUGGUGGUGUUGAGUCCAAGCCACACUCCCGCCCUUACAUGGCCCAUCUGAAGAUCACCACUAAACAAGGUUACACCGUCAGCUGUGGCGGCUUCCUCAUAAACCAACAAUUUGUGAUGACGGCUGCGCACUGCAAAGGAAGAGAAAUCACCGUCACUCUUGGAGCUCAUGAUGUGAACAAGAAAGAAUCCACACAGCAGAAGAUAAAAGUCGAAAAACAAAUCGCUCACCCAAGUUACAACUUCUAUUCCAAUCUCCAUGACAUCAUGUUACUGAAGCUUCAAAAGAAAGCUAAGGUGACUGCUUCUGUGGAUGUGAUUUCCCUGCCCGGUCCAUCUGACUUUAUAAACCCUGGAAAAGUGUGCCGGGCGGCUGGCUGGGGGAAAACUGGAGUGACAGAACCAACGUCAGACAAGCUGAGGGAGGUGAAACUAAGAAUCAUGACUAAGGCGGCCUGUAAAAACUACAGGCAUUACGACUAUAACUUCCAGGUCUGUGUGGGCAGUCCAUCAAAGAUAAGAUCAGCCUACAAGGGAGACUCCGGGGGCCCUCUGGUGUGCGCUGGGGUGGCCCAUGGCAUUGUAUCUUAUGGACGCGUGGAUGCCAAGCCCCCCGCAGUCUUCACCCGAAUCUCCCCGUAUGUGCCCUGGAUUAAUCUAGUCAUAAGGGGCAAGUAGCUGAAAAGCCUGGCCAGUCCGAGGCAGAGCCUCCCAGCCAGAGCUCUUCUGGUACCCUGUGGGUUCAACAAAGCCUGUCCCCAGCCUGUCCCCGAAGGAUCUCAAAGAUGCACAA